CAGGGAAGAGCGGAUAUAGGGAAUGCAGGGUCCCGGGAGAGCGGAUAUAGUGAAUGCUGGGUCCGGGGAGAGCGGAUAGAGUGAAUGCGGGGUCCGGGCAGAGCGGAUAUAGUGAAUGCGGGGUCCAGGGAAGAGCGGAUAUAGUGAAUGCUGGGUCCGGGGAGAGCGGAUAUAGUGAAUGCAGGGUCCGGGGAGACCAGAUAUAGUGAAUGCGGGGUCCGGGGAGUGGAUAUAGUGAAUGCGGGUCCCGGGGAGACCAGAUAUAGUGAAUGCAGGGUCCAGGGAGACCAGAUAUAGUGAAUGUAGGGUCCGGGGAGACCAGAUAUAGUGAAUGCAGGGUCCGGGGAGACCGGAUAUAGUGAAUGCAGG